AUAUCAGUCAUAAGAGAAGCGUUGUCGGUUGAACUAUAGAAUAUGUCGAGCACGGGUAUUGUACUAUACGGAACUGACUUCAGUCCUUGUGUUCGGGCCGUCAAGUUGACCCUGAAGGCCCUUAAUGUGGACUACGAAUACAAGGAGGUAAAUCUUCAGACGGGCGAGCACCUGAGCGAGGAGUUCCUGAAGAAGAAUCCACAGCACACGGUGCCGGUACUGGAUGACAAUGGGACAUUCCUCUGGGACUCCCAUGCCAUCGCCACCUAUUUGGUGGACAAGUACGGCAAGUCGGACGAGCUGUAUUCCAAAGAUCUGGUCAAGCGGGCGAUUAUCGAUCAGCGUCUGUACUUCGAUGCCAGCGUAAUCUUUCCGGGCCUGCACAACAUAGUGGCCCCCUUCUGGAGCAGAGGCGUAACCGAAGUGUCCCAGGAGAAACUGGACACUGUACAUCGCGGUCUGGCACUGCUGGAGACUUUCCUGGUCAGUAGUCCAUAUCUAGUGGGCGAUUCACUGACCCUGGCUGACCUGCUCACUGGACCUACGGUUACUGGUCUGCGUGCCGCCGUCGACAUCGAACCGGCCGUAUAUCCCAAGAUCACCGCUUGGCUGGAACGACUUUACCAGAUCCCAUACUACAAGGAGAUCGACGAGGCUCCGGUUCAGGCGUACAUCGCAUUGCUUCGCAGCAAGUGGACUAAGCUGGGGGAUAAGUAAGCCAUCAACUGAAGACUUAACCAACAUCAAAAACAUAAAUAAUACAAUUUAUUUAAGAUUCAUACACACUUUGUACAUUGCAAACAUUCUUUAAAUUUUAUUUGUUAUCAAUAAAACUAAAGCGUUUUGCCUUCAAACUGGA